AUGGUCAGGUCGGUCGGGCUCACCGACAUAGUGAACGCCAUGUCGCCGCGCGGCGAGCUGCCCCUGGAGCUGGCGUUGCGCGGCCGCAGCGCUUCCAUAGCGGCGACGCUGCUGCAGCACUGCGCCGACCCGGACGCGCGCGGUCCCAGGGGGCGCACGCUGCUCCACCGGGCGGUCGACUCGAGGGACGCCUUCUCGGCGCGCUUCCUCGUGGACAACGGCGCCGACCCCGGCCUCACGACAAAAGAGGAAGGCGAUACGGUGCUUCAUCUCAUUGCGACCCUAACAUCAAGUUCUUGUGAUCCGGAGACCAUGGAGCAGAUGGUAGAGAUAGCGGAAAUUGUAGUGCAGAAGGGCGCCGACAUCAACCGCCAAAAUCGGAAGGGAUACACACCGCUUCACCAGGCGGUCAUAUCGAGGAAUCAGAGAGUCUUCGAUCUACUACUCAAACAGCCCAACCUAGACACGAAUCUGCGCACCGCAUCAGACGAGCAUCCACCCCUCUACUACGCCUUAGUGGACGACCGGAGGGCGUCUAUCUCCUCGAGCGAGACUUUGGUGAUGAACGGUUCGAAUCCCUUCGACACUCCGGUCACGAAUAAGACCGCCUUCGCGGAAGACCCGGUCGAGGGCAAGACGGAGACUAUCAUCGAGAAAGGUUUUGCAGCUAAGCUGUUGGAGAAGGGAUGCCAGCCCAACCCGUUGUAUACUGGCUCGGGCGACAGUCUACUGCACGUGUUGAUCCAAGGAUGGUUUGAGGAAUCGGCCGUGUUUCUAGUUUCGCACCUCAACGGCGAUCUGAAUCACGGCAACGAGGCGGGGCUGACGGCGUUGCACGCGGCCUGCGCCAACGGCCUGACAAGACUCACCGCCGCCCUCUUGGAGCACGGCGCCCGACACAACCUGCAGACCGCGUACGGGGAGCACGAGGACACCGUCUACAGGCAAACACCUCUCCAUCUGGCCGUUCUCAACAAUCACGAGGGCGCUGUCUUAGCGAUCAUAGAACAUAAAAACCUGAUAGAAAAGGGCGAUCUGCCGGCGACCGACAGAAGCAACGUCAGUUUGGUGCCAAAUUUGAACCUAAAGAAUUCCGAAGGCGAUACGCCCGUCAGUCUGGCCCUCACCGAAGGACACAAAAACUUGGUGGCACCGCUUAUCGAAGGCGGAGCUGACCCAAAUAUACGUAACGGCAAAGGCUUUACACUGCUACACCAAGCAAUUGUGGAAGAAGAUUCUAGAACGGCCAUCUAUUUGCUCGAUCAUGGAGCUGAUAUGGACGCAUUGACCGAGGCGGGCGAGACCCCGCUGCAGCUGGCCAUCCACUGCCGCCUCGGGCUGGUGGUGGAGGCGCUGUGCGUUCGCGGCGUGGACAUGAGCCGGCUCGACGCCAACGGAGUGCCCCCGCUCUGGGCCGCCCUCGACUCCGGCCAGGAGGAGGUCGCCAGCAUUCUUGUAAGAAACGGCGCGGACGCAGACUGCUGGGGUCCAGGUCCAGAUGGGUGCUUGCAAACACUUUUGCAUAAGGCGAUAGACGAGAACAAGGAGGCGCUGGCGACGUUCCUCAUACGGGCGGGGUGCGACGUGGAGUGCGCCAGGAGGGCGGGGCCGUCCGGCGGCGGCGCCGAGCUGGCGGCCGAGCGCCACUCCCCGCUGCACCUCUGCUGCACCUGGGGCCUCUCGGACGUCAUACAGACGUUACUAGAGCACGGCGCCAACAUAAACACGAAGGACGCCGAGGGCAAGACGCCGCUGCACAUCGCUAUAGAGAACCAGCACGCGGGUAUCAUAUCGCUGCUUCUGUCGCAGCCGGGAGUCGACCUGUCCGCCAGGGACAACAAGGGCGUGUCCCCGUUCGCGGCCGCCCUCAUCGCCAGGAACAACAAGGCGGCCCAAGCGAUCCUCGAGAAGAACCCCUCCGCCGCCGAACAGGUGGACAAGAAGGGGCGCAACUUCCUGCACGUGGCGAUCCAGACGUGCGACGUGGAGAGCGUGAUGUUCCUGCUCUCGGUGGAGGUGGACGUGAACUCGCGCGUGCAGGACGCCAGUCUGGCGCCGCCGCUCCACCUGGCGGCGGCGGCGGGCAACGAGCUGCUGCUGCGCAGCCUGCUGCUCGCGGGCGCCAGGCCCAACGACCGGGACGCCGACAAGCGCACGGCGCUGCACGUGGCGGCGGCGGCGGGCCACGCGGCGAUCGUGUCCGCGCUGCUGGGCGGCGGCGCCGAGUGCGGCGCGGUGGACGCGCGCGGCGACAACGCGCUGCACGUGUGCGCGCGCGAGGGGCACGCGGCGGCCGCGCGCGCGCUGCUCGCCGACUGCGACAUCGACGCCGCCGCGCACAACCUCAAAGGUCGCAAUCCUUUGCAUGAGUUGUGCUGGUGCAAAAAGGACAACGCGGCAACAAUAUGCGAAAUUUUCCUUGAAUUUAUGCCCGACUAUCCAAUCAACAAAACUGACCUGCAGGGAAAUACACCGCUUCUGCUCGCCUACAUGAACGGGCAGGCCGCGAUGUGCAGAGUAUUGGUGCGGGCCGGCGCCUGCCUUGCGCAAGAAAAUAAAGAUGGCAUCUCCAUAUUUAACUAUCAAGUAGCUACUAAACAACUCCUGCAUAGAUUGCUCGACGCGCUGCCAUCUGAAGCACCAUGGGCGGAGAGCGACUUAUGUCAGGAAUGUGGUACCAAGUUCACCCUCACCAUGAGGAAACACCAUUGCCGUCACUGCGGUCGAAUGUUAUGCAACAAAUGCUCCAACCAAGACGUACCCAUCCUGAAAUUCGGCCUCAACAAGCCGCAACGAGUAUGCGAAAUAUGUUUUAACGUCUUACAAGUUGGUGCCAGU